AUGACAAAGAGAAUGGGAUACCGAGACUGGAGAUGGCAGGCGCUUUGGUGGCAUCAUUUCUUUCUCUUGUGGACUACAAUAGACGGACAGACUCGUUACAGCAUCCCAGAAGAACUGAAACAGGGCGCUGUAGUAGGAAAUCUAGCCAAAGAUCUGGGUUUGGGACUAUCAGAGAUUUUUGACCGUAAGCUUCGUGUCGCCUCUGAGGCUGGUAAGCAGCAUUUCAGUGUGGAUGCGGGGAAGGGCGAGCUGGUGGUAAAUGACAGAAUAGACAGAGAGGCGUUAUGUGGACAAAGCGCCAGCUGUGUUCUACCUCUGCAAGUAGUUAUUGAGGACCCACUACAGUUACACCGAAUUGAGGUUGAAAUACGAGAUAUUAAUGACAAUUCUCCAAGUUUCCUUUCAAAUCAGUUAUCUUUGAAAUUAGCCGAAUCAGCAGCAGUUGGCACACGCUUUCCUUUGGAGAGCGCAAUGGACCCCGAUGUUGGAAGCAAUUCACUCAAAUCAUAUACUCUUAGUAAAAAUGAGUGUUGUUCUCUCAAAAUAAAAGAAAUAGAGGGUGGAAAGACCGUUCCCGAGCUUGUUUUAGAAAAGCCUCUUGACCGAGAGAAAAAAGCAGUUCACAAAAUAUUACUAACAGCGUUAGAUGGGGGGAAUCCAGCAAGAUCCGGAACCUCACAAAUAACCAUAAGUGUGCUUGACAUAAAUGAUAACUUCCCAGUGUUUGAAAAAAACGUUUACAAAGUCACCUUGAGUGAAAAAAGUGUAAAGGGGGCUGUUAUUAUCAAGCCCAAAGCAACAGAUGCAGAUGAAGGUUUAAAUGGUGAAAUUGAAUUCUCAUUUGGCACUCGGACACCAGAUUCUGUAUUGUCAGUUUUCGAUAUUAACUCUUUAACCGGUGAAAUCGUUCUUAAAGGAGAGUUAGAUUACGAAACUACUAAGUCAUAUGACAUUGAUGUAACUGCAAAAGAUAAAGGCAGCCCUGAAAUGGAGGGCCACUGUCGCGUACAAAUUGAUAUUAUUGACUUCAAUGAUAAUUUUCCAGAAAUUGUCCUCACUUCUCAGCCAAAGCCAGUACGCGAAGACUCGCCCAGUGGCACCGUAGUGGCUUUAAUCAGUGCUCGAGACCUUGACUCUGGUGAUAACGGUGAAGUGACAUUACAGCUCCCCAAGGGUUCUCCUUUUAAUCUGAAACCCUCUUUUUCUAAUAAUUACGCACUGGUCACUAGUGGUCAUUUAGACCGAGAGACAUUUUCAGAGUAUAAUAUUGAAAUAACAGCCACUGAUUCAGGCUCUCCUCCUCUGUCCAGUAAGAAAAUAAUACCUGUCAGCAUCUCUGAUGUGAAUGAUAAUCCUCCAGUGUUCACUCAGCCCUCCUAUAAUGUGUAUUUAAAAGAGAAUGGGGUACCAGGCUCUAUACUGUACUCAGUAUCAGCAUCUGACCUGGAUUUUGGUGAAAACGCUAAAAUCUCUUAUUCUAUACUGGACUCUAAAGUGCAGGACGUUUCUGUCUCGUCUUAUGUUUACAUUAACUCAGAUAACGGCAGCAUCUACAGCAUGCACUCGUUUGACUAUGAGAAACUGAAGGUGUUUCAGAUUCAGGUUCAGGCAAAGGACCAGGGCUCUCCGUCUCUCAGCAGCAACGCUACUGUCCAUGUUUUUAUCCUGGACCAGAACGACAAUGCCCCCGCUGUUAUUUACCCCUCCUCCGCUGCCCUGGGCUCCCUCUCUCAUCAGAGGAUGCCCCGCUCCGCUAAACCGGGUCACCUGGUUACUAAGGUGACGGCCGUGGACGCUGACUCGGGCCAUAACGCCUGGAUCUCCUACAAACUGGCAGAGGCCACAGACGCCUCUCUGUUCACAGUUAAUCAGUACACAGGAGAGGUGAGGACUAAACGCCCUGUGUCCGAGCAGGACGACUCCUCUCAGAGGCUGCUUAUAGAGGUCAAGGACGACGGGGAACCGGUCCAGUCCGCCACAGUCACGGUGUCCAUCCUGCUGGAGGAUGGCCUCCAUGAGCCCGUCUUGGACCUCCGACAGAAAACGAUGGAGCCUAGCAAGAAAACCGGGAGAAUCACCCUUUAUUUGAUUCUCUCUCUGGCCUCGGUGUCCGUGCUGUCUCUGGUGACUUUUCUCAUCUUAGCGGUUAAAUGCAUCAGGAGCAGCAGAAGCAGCGGUAGUUGCUGCAUGAGACGGAGCGACUGUGAUGAUUACAAGAACCCCAACAGAAACCUGCAGAUUCAGCUCAACACUGAUGGGCCUAUAAAGUACGUGGAGGUCCUGGGAGGAGACAUGUUGUCUCAGAGUCAGUCCUUCAGGUCCUGUAUGUCUCCAAUGUCAGAGUACAGUGAUUUCACUUUGAUUAAGCCCAGCAGCACCACUGACUUUAAGGAGGUGAUCAGUGUUCUUGAUGCUUCUUUACCUGACAGCACCUGGACCUUUGAGAGCCAGCAGGUGAGCAGAAAAUCACUAGGUAUUGUGUGA